UGCAGUUGCAUUCUGGGAGGCGGAUGAUUGACACGCCGCCAUUUUGCUCCUCUCGCCCGCUUCCAUUGUGCGAGAGAUGGUAAAUAUCUGACACCGCCAGACUAGCGCUACUCACUUGGACCCUGUCGAGGAAAACAGCGCUAAAUUCAGCGUCGGUGAUACUUUGUCGCAAUGGCUCGUACUAAGCAGACCGCUCGUAAGUCCACUGGAGGAAAGGCUCCUCGUAAGCAGCUGGCCACCAAGGCUGCCCGCAAGAGUGCCCCCUCCACUGGGGGCGUCAAGAAGCCCCAUCGUUACAGGCCCGGCACCGUGGCUCUGAGAGAGAUCCGUCGGUACCAGAAGUCCACCGAGCUGCUGAUCCGCAAGCUUCCCUUCCAGCGCUUGGUGAGGGAGAUCGCUCAGGACUUCAAGACCGACCUGCGUUUCCAGAGCGCCGCCAUUGGAGCCCUGCAGGAGGCGAGCGAGGCGUACCUGGUGGGUCUGUUUGAGGACACCAACCUGUGUGCCAUCCAUGCCAAGCGGGUCACCAUCAUGCCCAAAGACAUCCAGCUGGCACGCCGCAUUCGUGGGGAGCGUGCUUAAAAGGCCCUCCCCAAUUUUUCACCUCUGUCCUGUUUUUUCUCAACCUGCCUCAACCCCCCCCCCCAUUCACCUAUCCCAAUCAGCCUCUCUCCUCUCCUCCUGCCUGCCCAGCUUGUCAGUAGACUAUAGAGUAAUCCUGAUUCUGAAGAGAUAGAAAUAUGUUGACGUCUGGUCUCAUACUUUUUUUGUCUUCACCAAAUGUUUUCUUAAGGUACCUUUUUUUUUUCUGCAUGUAAGAAGUUUUUCAGUUCGGACGCACAUAUGCACACACGAUUCGUGCAGGCGUCAGAGUUUGGAGGAAUCCAGUUGAUCCUGGGUGGGGGGCCAGCUGGUGUGGUCCGUGUGGCAAAACCGAGCUGAGUGGCCAUGGGGCUAGUCUGCUUAAGGGGAGCUGCAACUUCCACAGCAGGGUGCUAUUAAAGCUAGUCCUGAGGCCUCUGCCUCACCCCCGUCCCCCUCUCCCUCCAAGCCCCAACUCGCUCUGCAGCCAGGCUGUAUCACCUCAAUCCGCCUCUUGCCCUGUGUAACCUGCACUGAGAAGGGACGGCGUUCUGUUUGUGUGCAUAUGUGAGCUCUGAUCUUUCAAACCACUUGUACUCAACUGUUUUGGUUGCUUAAGAAUAUUCAUUAUCAUUGUGGAUAUGGUGUUUAUUUUUUGUAUGCAUAUAAUUCAUAGAUGAGCAUCUCUUCUCGUUACCACUUCCAAAAUCUUGAAAUUAAGAGCGAAAAAACAAUUAAUAUUGCCAACACUGCUUUCUUUUAAGAAUGUUUUGCAGUAAUCUGAUCUAUGGAAAAUCAUGAAGAGCUUCUCUAUUUUCAAAGGCAACUUCUAUUGUAAUGGCAGCCACAGGGGGGCGAUGGUUCCCCGCCUCCUGUAUUCGGUUCUCUGUAGAUCAGUCUUCACACAUGAUGCUUCUGUCUCUAUCUUCAUGUCUACAGGCUCGUUACACGGUAUGAAUUGACAUAAUAGUGCAAGUUACGCUCUGCAUGCUUUGGGUCUGUGUGUAUUUCCUGCUCUUUGUAGAUCUGAACAUAUAAUCUCUCCUUUUCUCAAAUUUGUGAUACACAAUAUAACCUAAUUUGUUUUCUUUUAUAUUUUUCUUAUUCCUCAAGAUUUUCAGACGUAUAAAUAAGCCGAUCUUUGUAUUUUCCAAAUUUCUCAUAUUAUGGUGGUAAUAAAUAGAUGUUAAAACAAA